AUGAAAAUAUACGACCAGUAUUACAUGUUUGCUAUUGCUAAGGAGUUAAUAACAUAUGACGACAUAUGGGAAAUUCCAAAACCCAAGUCUGCGUAUAACGUUUUGGUGAUGGGAAUAGAUAAUUUAUCAAGACUAAAUUUUCUUCGCACAAUGCCAAAAACUUAUACAUACCUGAAAGAUAAUGGUGCUAUUGAGUUACUGGGUUAUAACAAAGUAGGCGAUAACUCACUUCCAAAUAUAGCCGCUCUUCUACUAGGACAUCAUGAAUCAGAACUAAAGAAAAUGUGUCAUCCAGUGAAACACACAAAUUUUGACGAUUGUCCUUUUAUUUGGCAUUGGUAUAAAGAGGCCGGUUACUACACAGCGUUUGGUGAAGACAGCUCUUACCUCGGCACAUUCAAUUAUUUUGAAUAUGGAUUUAGAAAAAUGCCUACUGAUUAUUAUUUACAUCCCUAUUUUGUUGAAGCAGAAAAUUACGCUGCAGAAAACAUGGUCUUUAGCUCGUACUUAUGCAUGGGAGAGCACUAUUUUUACAAAAUUCUUUUAGAAUACAUUGAAAACCUAACCAUUACGUUAGAGGAUAAGAAGUAUUUUGGAUUUUUCUGGGAAACAACUAUGUCACAUGACGACUUGAACUACCCAAUGGUGAUGGAUGACAGCUAUGUACAGUUCUUUAAAAGUUUAGAAUCUAAAAAUAAAUUGGAUACCACAAUCAUAUUUCUAAUUAGCGAUCACGGUAUGAGGUGGGGUCCUAUAAGGUCAACAGAACAAGGUCGCUUGGAAGAACGACUGCCUUUUGUAUACUUUCUGGCGCCAGAAUCUUUUCGAAACAACUAUAGCUUAGCUUUUAAUAAUUUGAGAUAUAAUGCUUUACGAUUAACUACUCCUUUUGAUAUGCAUGAGACGUUGCUUGAUUUAAUUGAUUUAGAAAACAUUGAAAAUGAAAGCAUCGAAAAGCGAAGUAGAGAAGAUUAUGAAAAUAAUCGAGGAAUUAGUUUAUUUCUGCCCAUAUCAGGUAAUAGAACAUGCAGAUCAGCGUCAAUUGCCGACCACUGGUGCACUUGCCAUAGAGGUAAACAAAUUCCUAACUGGAGUGAUGUAGCUGUAAGUGCCGCGUCUAAUUUGAUACAGCAGCUAAACGCAUUGCUUCAGAAAUAUCCGCAGUGCGCUCGAUUAGAAAUAGAGAAAAUAGUGGGAGCGUCAGAAAUAAUAUCUGAAACACUAAAGACAAAUGAAAGUGAUUGGCAAGAUUUUCUAGUAGUUGUUACAACAAAACCUGGAGGUGGUAUGUUUGAAGCCACACUACGUUUUGAUAAGAAGACGUGGACACUUACGGGCACGGCAAGUCGGUUGAACCUAUAUGGAGAGCAAAGUCACUGCGUGCAAGAUGCUCAUGUUAAAUUGUAUUGCUACUGUAAAUAA